AUGAUGCCAAGCUUCCUGCGUUUCGGCUCUUUGCAGCUGGCUGCCAAGCGUCAGGGCAUCUCCGGCGUGGAGACAGUCGCACGACACGCGCUGGCAGCCAUCGCGCGCAUGGAGGCUCACGAUGACGCAUCAACCGCCUACCUUGACCGACUUCCCGUUGCGGUGCCUGCGGAGUUGCGCGCACGUUGCUUCUAUGGCAAGCUCCCAGAGGCGAGCUGCGCUGCAAAAGCGGAUGCUCUGCCACGGGAGGCUCUUCUCCGCUGCCUCCUGAGUCGGGUGACCGAGCGCACCGCCGCGCUGCUGGCAGCGUGGAUGGCGGUUGGCUUCGCCCACGGGGUCAUGAACACCGACAAUCUGAGUUUGCUCGGCAUAACUGUUGACCUGAACGUCUUCGGUUUUCUCUCCACGUUCGACCCCUCCUGGCAGCCCAACUACAUCGACGAGACAGCCAGGUAUGCUUUCGGUGAGCAGCCGGAGAUUGCCAGAUGGAACUUGCAGAGGAUUGCCGAUGCCCUCACGGGGACCUCUUUCGUCUCAGAUCGUGAGCCGGACGCAGAGAUCUGGGCUGUGCGCCACCAAGGCGAGUGGAUGGAUCCACAGGAGGCUGCCGGCAUCUUGCAAGGCUUUGACGAGACCUUCGAGGUGUGCCGCGUGGCUCGGAUGGAGCUACGCCUGGGCUUUCCCGCCACAGGACAGCCCUGUGCCACAGGAGGUUCCCAGCCUGCCUGCCUCGAGAGACGCUGGCGGGAGUGGCUUGCCGCUGCUCGCGCAGACUACCCACGAGCCUCGCGUGGUCUGGCAGAGAUCGCUGCCGAUGAUGCUGCAUCAGCCGCUGCGAAGUUGGCAUCCCAUGCAGGCGCUGCAGAGAGAGACUUGGAGACGCUCCAAGCGCUCAUCGGAGAUCUUCGUGCGCUCCAUGGGGAGAGGGAUUUCCGAGCUGCCAUCCGCGCUGCGGUGCCAUUGGCUACGCCGCGAAGUCACAUCCUCCGUGAGGCGGCGCGCAUUGCAGUGCUGAAAAACCCAGGGGAGACAGCGGCUGCUUUUCUCAGCGAAAUCCAGAGGCUCUUGGCCUCACCCUUCGAUUCGGCGGCCUUUGACCUGGAUGAUCAUGAGGAUGACCCUCGAGAGGCUUGGCGAGGCGUCAGCCUCACAGCGGCCCCACCGGCAGAUCUGGCCGAUUUCGUGAAGCGGCGGCUCUACGGACUUCCCAAGGAGGCGCUCCGGCACAUCCAGACAAGCUGCGGAGCGCAGUGA